AGUAUAAAUAAGCAAGAACAAAGCACAGCUAGAAACUCGCCCUCUGUCACUGGUGGAGAAAGGUACAUUGUUUCUAAGGAAAACAUACUUUAUUUUUACAACACAAUGGCCAGACUUACUGUGCUUGCAGGUCUGGGCCUUCUGCUGAUGUUGCAGAUUGCUGCCUCCACCAAACUGGUGUGUCACAUGACCAACUGGUCCCAGUAUCGCCCAACCACUGGGAAGUUCACCCCCGAGAACAUCGACCCAUUUCUCUGCACCCACGUGAUCUACGCCCUGGCCACUAUCAACAGCUUCAACCAGGUCGCCCCUAUCGAGUGGAAUGACGAGACCCUCUACACGAGCCUCAACCACCUGAAGAAUGUGAACCCAAUGAUGAAGACUCUGCUGUCUGUCGGAGGCACAGUCAAUGGACUUAGCCCAUUCAUCGGCAUGGUGUCCAAGCCUGAGGGCCGCCAGGCCUUCAUCAAGUCUGCAAUCAGCUACCUGCGUUCCCAUGGCUUUGACGGUCUCAACCUGGCCUGGGAGUUCCCCACUCAAAACGGCAGCCCCGAUGGAGACAGGGAGAGAUUCACCAAGCUCGUCAGAGAGCUGCAGAAGGCCUUUGAGAAUGACGCUAAAGACACCAGGCUGACCCAGUUGCUUCUGUCUGCCAACGUGGCUGCUCUUCAGCCCACUAUCAACUCCAGCUACGAGGUGGCCCAGAUCGCCAGCUCUCUGGACUUCAUCAACGUGAUGACCUAUGACUUCCACGGACACUGGGAGAGAGCCACAGGACACAAUAGCCCACUGUUCCGCAGCAGCCAUGACUCGGGGACACACUACCACUUCAAUGUCGACUCUGCCAUCACCUACUGGCUGGACAACGGGGCUCCCGCUGAGAAGCUGCUGAUGGGUUUCCCCACCUAUGGCCGUACCUACCGUCUCACCACCUCCAACACUGGCCUGGGAGCCCCCACAAACGGCCCGGCUGACGCUGGCCCCUACACCCGGGAUGCAGGAUACUGGUCCUACUACGAGGUCUGCUCCUUCACCUCCGGUGCCACUAUCGAAUGGAUUGAUGAGCAGAAGGUCCCCUACGCCGUCAAAGGCAGUUCCUGGGUGGGCUACGACAGCAAAGAGAGCUACGCUGCCAAGGUCCAGUGGCUGAAGACCAAGAACCUGGGAGGAGCCUCUGUGUGGACCCUGGACAUGGAUGACUUCAGUGGUGCUUUCUGUGCUGAUGGCCCCUUCCCUCUCGUCAACCACCUCCGCAACUCUCUGGGCUUCGCCCCCAAGCCCACCACCACUCGGGCACCCACCACCACCCCAGACCCCAUCCUCAGCUUCUGCUCUGGACGCCCAGACGGCCUGUACGUCAACAUCUUCGACAACACCACCUACUUCCAGUGUUUCCGUGGCAACACCUACCUGCACAAAUGCCAGCCCGGCCUGGUCUAUGUUGAUGCCUGCAAGUGCUGCAACUGGCCCUGAAUUACUGCUAGCUAUGUACUGUAGGACUAAUUAGUCAGAAUGCCAUAACAACCUUCAAUGACAACAUGCUGUUACGGCAAUAACCUACCUUAGCAACUUAGUCAUGAAAAUAAAUAUAUUAUUAAUUAAUUUUGUCCUUUCUUGUUUGCUACAAUCUUCCUCAAUAAAAAAAACAUAUCAUGUGAA